AUGGCCGGCGACGGCGGCGUGCUCAAGCGGCGCAUCCGCGCCGGCCGCGGCGAGUUCCCAAUCGACUGCCCCCUCAACGACACCACAGUCAAGCUCCACUACCGCGCACGCCCGCACCGCCCCGGGGCCACGGAGCUGGAGGGCGGCGGCGGCGGCGGCGGCGGCGGCGGCGGUUGGGCGUACGACAGCGCAGCGGCGGCGGGGGAGGCGACAGCGGCGGGGGCGGGGGCAGGGGCGCCCCUGGAGGUUGACACCGGGUGUGGGGAGCUGCCGGAAGCUGUGGAGCUGUGCGCGCGGCUGAUGGUGCCCGGGGAGCUGGCGCGCGCGGUGGCGCAGCCGCGGUACGCGUAUCAGGGGCGCGACGACGCGCCGGCGGGCGUGAGUCAGGAUGACGUCGUCGAGUUUGAGAUCGAGCUGCUGGACUUCCACAAGGAGGGACACUGGCAGAACCUCGAGUGGGCGGAGCGCUGGGCGAUACUGGAGCGCCUCAAGGCGCGGGGCAACGCGCUCUACAAGGCCGGAAAAUGGAAGUACGCGGCUAACAGGUACCAGCGGGUGCUGCAGCUGGUGGACUCGACGCGCGAUUUUGAGGACGAGGCGACGGUGGACAGGGCCGACGCCUUCAAGCUGGCGGCGCUGGGGAACCUGGCCCUGGCGGAGCUGGGGGCGGGGGAGGCGGCGCGCGCGGUGGAGUGGUGCGACAAGGCGCUAAAGCUCGAGCCUGGGAGCGGCAAGAUCAUGCUGCGCAAGGCCAAGGCGCUCUCCCUCAAGGGGGACUUUGAGGAGGCAGAGGAGCUGCUGGCGGCGGCCGAGGGCGCGGACGCGGCGCUGAGGGCGGACGUGGAGCGAGAGCGGGCAGUCAACAAGCAGCGGCUCAAAGCAGCGGAGGAGAAGCAGCGGAAGGGGUUUGGGGGUUUCUUCAAGAAGUGA